GUAAAAGUGAACUAUUAUUCUAUUUUCAAUUAGUUAUUAAAUCAAUAAACUAUUGAUUAUUUGCGCAACUAAAAAUCUGACAAUUACAGAAAUAAUUACCAAGUUCCCCAAAAUAGAAUGAUGAUAACAUUCGUUUAAGAAGAGUAAAAAAUAAACGACUGGUGAACGAAAAUUCAAUACAGCGCAUUCGAACAUUAAAUAGGCCCCAGCUAGGAUGGGACGCAAAUGUUGCGUGCCUAAGUGUAGCUCCAAUUACGAUGCAGUACUACGUAAAGGUCAGUCUACUAUCAGCACAUUCAAGUUCCCCGAGGAAAAGCAUCUUCGAGAUAGUUGGCUACGGGCACUUAAUAGGGGAAACGACUGGCAGCCUGGUAGGACGGCAAGUAUCUGUAUUAAUCACUUCCAACCGGAGGAUAUAGUACGCUACGACAAACCAGCAAAGCUUAAACCAGAAGCUGUGCCAUCGAUUUUCGAAAAUCUGUCUAACAAGGGACCGAUUGUCAAGCGGGGUAGACCUAGGAAAACCGAAACUCAAGGGAACUCUUUGGGCGAGGAUGAACAAUACGAAGAUGUUUUAUACGAAGAACAUCUCGAGCCCGUCGAUGGCCUAAUGGAAGAAUUGAUCCUUGAUUUCGAUAGCUUUAGUCAACAGAUAAGCGAAAAACUUUGCCUGGAAAGGUGGCAUCAUUAUCAAAAUAACAACGUGCUUCACUUCUACAACAUUUAUGAACACGAUACCGACAGUGCCAUUCGAAUAGAUAAUAGUAUAAAAGUAUACGAGGAUAUGAAAAUGAAACUAUUUCUGAUGAAUGUACGACAAGCGGAUGAGAAGCUUCAGUGGAUUUUAGGUCAUGACAUGAAAAUAUGUCGGUGGUCUCAGUUCGAAACCAUCUUGAAGAAGUAUGAUUCCAAACUUCACCAACUGAGAGAAAUUGUCCAAACAAAUAAUGAUGAAAAUAGCGAGAUCCAUUCAGAAGAGCAAACAGAAGAAUGCAAAGGUCCAUCUCCAAAUUUUGACUCGUCCGUGGAAUAUCUUGAUCAGCAAGAAGAUGAAGAAAUUGAAUUUUUGGCAGUGGAACUGGCAAAUACACAAGAUGAAACCAUUACUUCCGUUCAAUCUGUGCGUAAUCCACUGCGAACCAAUAAGGAACGGGUUGUAACGGCACAAGAACGGGUUGAACGAAAAAAUGUUCGUGAUGUCGUUCAAAAAUUGAAAAAUGCGAAACAUAAAUGUUUCAUCUGUCAACAGGAGCAUGAAUCGAACGAGGAUUUCGAACGACAUUUACCGGAACAUACUGUUAUGCUACCGUUCAACUGUGAGCAGUAUACAUCUCAGGCCAUAACCAUCAAAACACUGGCUUCGUUGAAUAAGCACUUUCUAAUGCAUCAGAAACCAUUGAAAUGCAGGUCGUGCGACGUCAGGUUUUCCACCUACAGUACCCGGCUUUUGCAUGAACAAAAUAGCCACGAAAACAGUGGUCCUUUCACGUGCGAGAUUUGUGGGAAGAUUUCCCAUUCCCUCAGAGGACAUCAGCAUCAUUUUAAGGUCCACACAAAUCCAGAGUCGAUGAAGUGUCAACUAUGUGGAAAACAGCUUUCGUCUGGAUACGAAUUGAAACUACAUAUGCGAGUGCACACGAAAGAAAAACCAAACAAGUGUCCCUUUUGUCCAGCUUCUUUUAAUCGGAUAUCCAACUUGGUCGUACACAAACGUCGUCUGCAUGGUACAGAGAAACCGUUCCGGUGUGCAAGCUGUGGGGAAGAAUUUCGAUCGAAUGUUGAACUGAAGCGACAUGCCAUGGCGAGCCACGAUUUUGAGACACCUACCAUAUCUAAAGAAAAGAGCUUUCGGAAAAUUAAUACGGCAUCCUCCAAAGAUGGUAAAAGAGAUUACCAUUGUAAGGCCUGUGAUAAGCAGAUGCCGAAUGCAUCUAGCUAUCACUCUCAUAUGAGAAAACAUCGCAAGCGUUACCAAUGCAGCUAUUGUGGGCUUCGCGUUGGUCAGUUAAGGGAUUUCAUUGACCAUGAAAAUACCCAUACCGGUCGCAGGCCCUACGAGUGUGAAGUAUGUUCGAAAACAUUCAAGACUUCAUCUACAUACUAUGGCCACCGAGCGGUUCACACUGCAGAAAAGCGAUUCAACUGCGAAGUGUGCGGACGACGGUUCAAUCGACUGCGGCAUAUGGUCAUCCAUGCAAGAACUCAUGCGAAAACGUCGUUUCAGAAGUCGCACGCCUGUUCAAUUUGUAGUGAAACGUUUCCUGAUCGAAAUUCCCACAGUAAACAUGUUGAAUCGCAUAACGUAGUACAACCUGUCGAGAAUCAACCAAAUUCAGAGGAAAACCCAGAACCUCAAGUGAUCGCGAAUACCGGAGAAUCACAGCUAGUUACCCUAACGUUGGCUGCACCGGUGUCAAAACCACUUCAACUUCCUCGAAUCAUCCACACGUCUGAUGGAAAGGAAGCUAUUCUUGUGACGGCGGACAUGAUAAGUUCACAGAACUUUUUUAUUCUGCAGCAAUCGGCUAAAGACAGUGUUGAUAUGUAAUAUAUUUGAUGAUAGUAACAACUGAUGAAAAUAAAAAUAAAAGCUCGGGGUUGAGUCC